AUGGCUUCUUUGGCGACUGCUGCCCGUGAUAUCCCCCAGGCCUCCUCCUUGAGCCGAGACAACUUAACUGCUGUAGCGGCUCGGAGUGAUCCUGCGAUGACUGUGACACGAUCUCGGGACCUCCCGACCCCUCCCAACUCCAUCUCGCCCUCCUUGCCGGCCCACGGCCUCAAGGCCCAGCUGCAAAAGGCCAGGCUCGACCCCAUCGACUCCGACUUGGACCUCCACGACAACGCCAGCGGCCACGAGAGGUCGCUGUCCCCGGCCCUCGAGUCCGCCGGCGCCAUCACCAGCUCCAUGCUGGCCAAGUGCCACCUGCCUGACAUCCUGCUCAACCACGGCCCGCUGGCCAUCCGCCACAUCAUGGGAUACCUCACCACGUCGGUUCCUGGCUUCUCGGGCAUCCCGCCGACAAAGGCGCGCAGGGUCGUGGUUGCCGCGCUGGAAGGCCGCGGAGGCGAAGGCCGCGGCGCCGACGGUGACAUCGUCUUCGAGAAGGUGGGCUGGGGGCGAUGGGAUGCGCGCCGACGGGGACAGGCUGCCCGACACCGUCAGGCAACUCCGCCCAGCGGCCCAUCCUCGUACACUGCUGGCAUCCCCAUCUCCAGGGCCGGCGGCCGGGGCCUGGGCUUGAGCAGGGCGAGGCUGAACAUGGCCCUGUCCAGCGGCGGCGACUCGGUGCACUUCUCCCAUGACGAUCGCUACGACGUCUCCAUGAUGGAGCACGAGGCCGACAAGAUGUCCAUGGACGAUUCUGCGUCGGCCUCCUGCUCCGAGGCCCCCGACGAUGAUGUCGCCAUGAACGACGACCCGGAGGAUGUGACGGACGACGAGGACUGGGCUGCCGUCGGCGCCGCUGCCCUGCGGGCCGAGUCAUACCCCAACAUGGCCGCAGCCUUCGAGUCUGGCCUCUCCUCCAACACCUACGCUGGCGGGAUGCGAACGCUGCCCUCUGCCUUUGGGGGCGCGGCGCAACCAUCACGCGCCAGGUUUGAUUAUUCUGCGUUCCCCGGCCCUUCGGACGCUCAGGAACGCGAGGCUGUCGAAGCCCUCCUUCGACUUGGCUCUGUAUAA